AUAUAGUGAUUUAGCCGAUCAAGGGGAACACAGCACAGCGAUUUCCUCCGGUUUUCUCUCCUCCAAUGCCUGCAUUCCCAUUUCUCAAUUUUCAUCUCUCCGCAGCGUGAUACUCGAAAUCAGUUGUUCGUUUGAGAGGGGAAUUAGAGAAAAGGAAAACGUGGAACCCUGCGGGAGUUUUUUUUGGAAGCUAGGGUUUAUCUUUUUAAUUAUUUAUUUUUGGGCUUUGAUUAUUUGGCCGCUUUACUGCUUGAUGGCAUUUAUGUGAGAUAAUGACAACGGGAAUGGCGGCUGCGAGGGGCUUCACGACGCCGUUUAGUGUGAGGUUGCUGAGGAGAGCUGACGUGGCGCUUUUGAGUGGUAAGAAUGGCGUGGUUUUGGAGGUCCGGAGGAAGAAGAGGCGGCUGUUGGCAGCAGGUGACCUUGUCAAGUGUUGCUGUUCCGAGAUUCGGGGGGUCUGCGGCUCAGGAAAGAACGCUCAGAAGGGUGAAGAGAGGCUGUUCGAGCACAAUAAGAGGCCCACUUAUCGAGGUCGGGUCCCUGUUAUGCCCUUCGCUUCUCCUCAUUCUCGAUUUGUUUCCAAACAAGAAAAGUUCUUCUCCCGUUGCACCCCAAGAAGUUCAGGUCCUCAGUCCCGCGAUUCUCCCCCUAAACGAGAUACUGGUAUUGCAAAUGAGAAAGACUGGGGCAUAAGUUUGUUAAAUGAAAAUGUCAAUGAAUCUGGCACUAACGAAGAUGGAAGUACUUGGUACCGUGAAAGUGGAGAAGACCUUGGAGAAAAUGGAUACAGGUGUAGAUGGACUAGAAUGGGUGGCCAGAGUUCUGACGGCACUUCAGAAUGGAAAGAAACGUGGUGGGAGAAAAGUGAUUGGACUGGAUACAAAGAGCUAGGUGUUGAAAAAUCUGGAAGAAAUGCAGAAGGGGAUUCUUGGUGGGAAACAUGGCGAGAAGUUCUUCACCAGGAUGAAUGGAGUAAUUUGGCAAGGAUAGAGCGAAGUGCGCAGAAACAAGCAAAAUCAGGAACAGAAAAUGCUGGGUGGUAUGAGAAUUGGUGGGAAAAAUAUGAUGCCAAAGGCUGGACUGAAAAAGGGGCACACAAAUAUGGUAGACUGAACGAACAAUCCUGGUGGGAGAAGUGGGGAGAGCAUUAUGAUGGAAGAGGAUCAGUCCUGAAGUGGACUGAUAAGUGGGCUGAGACUGAACUUGGAACUAAAUGGGGAGACAAAUGGGAAGAGAAAUUUUUUGCUGGCAUUGGUUCACGCCAAGGGGAGACAUGGCAUGUCUCUCCCAGUGGUGAAAGAUGGUCACGGACGUGGGGAGAAGAGCACUUUGGAAAUGGGUACGUGAUGCAAGACAAGCAUCUUUGCAAAGUGCACAAGUAUGGCAAAAGUACCACCGGAGAAAGCUGGGAUAUUGUUGUAGAUGAAGAAACAUACUAUGAGGCCGAACCACAUUAUGGAUGGGCAGAUGUCGUCGGUGAUUCAACACAAUUACUGUCGAUCGAGCCCCGAGAAAGACCUCCUGGUGUUUUCCCAAAUCUUGAUUUUGGAUCAUCCCCACCACCUCCAAGAGAGCCAUCUGGUUCUUCAUGACUGGUUAACAGUUGGUGCUUUGACAUAGGUGGUUGGAAACUUCAUUAAAUCUGUCUGUAAUUGUUUGAAGCCUCUCGUGCAGAGAAUGUUGCGCUGUUUAUGCUUCAUUCUAUUCAUUUUUUCAAUAUUUUUCCUCAUCCUAAUGUCAUUUGGACACUGCAGCCAUUGGUUUGGACAUUUUCCGUACACUUCUUGAAUGUUAUUGCAGUUGCUCUAAUUUGCACCUCAGUUGGGGCAGCAGGUUA